UUUAAAAAUCAAACUAUAGGACAGGUGCAAAACAGAAAGUGCAUUGAAGAUGUGAUACACUUUGCCUGUGAAGAGAAACUUGUUCUUCUGGCUGAUGAGGUUUACCAGGACAAUGUGUACUCUGAAGGAUGCCAGUUCCAUUCUUUCAAAAAGAUUCUGUAUGAGGUGGGAGCUGAGUACUAAAACAAUGUUGAGCUGGCCUCUUUUCACUCCACCUCUAAGGGAGUCAUGGGCAGAUGUGGCUACAGAGGAUGUUAUGUGGAGGUCAUUUACUUGCACCCAGAAAUUAAAGGACAGCUUGUUAAGCUGCUUUCUGUUCGCCUUUAUCCCCAAGUCUCAGGACAAGCAGCAAUGGAUAUUGUAGUGAAUCCUCCAAUACCUGGAGAAGAAUCUUAUGCACAGUUCAUAAAGGAGAAGGAGUCUGUUUUGAACAGUUUUGCCAAGAAAGCCAAACCAACAGAAGACAUGUUUAAGAAGAUACCAGGCAUUCACUGCAAUCCUCUCCAAGGAGCUAUGUACGCUGUCCCACAGAUCUUUAUUCCUUCCAAAGCCAUUGAGGAAGCAAAGGCUCAUGAAGUGGCACCUAGUAUGUUGUAUUGCAUGAAACUUCUGGAAGAGACUGGAAUAUGUGUUGUACCUGGAAGUGGAUCUGGCCAAAGAGAAGGAACCCACCAUUUCAGAACGACCAUUCUUCCUCCAGUAGAGAAGCUGAAGAUCCUACUGGAGAAAGUGAAAGACUUCUACAUAAAAUUUCUUGAAAAACAUGAAACUACUGUGGCUUUUUCCCCCUCAUCCCCUCCCUUUCAAAGCAAAUGAAGGCAAUGAGCAAAGAUGUACUGAGAAUGUGCUGUUCAUCUAAUUUAACUAAAUUCAAAACAGAUAGAACCAGUCUCAGAUACUGCUACAACUUAUUGGACUAUUAAAAGUUAAUGUCUCGUAUAGAAGACAUUUUUUUAAGGGGAAGGGGAAGAAUGUGAAGAAAGUGGUGAAAAGAAAGACUUAAUAAAUGUUUUUGUGCCUUGA